ACAUGAUUCCCCACGAAACACGCCAUCUAGAAUCACUCAUAAGGUCAGGUCAGCCUUGCUGCCUUCAAAACAAAACCACACAAGCCUGAGCAAAUUGAGCAAUUUCUCUUCUUUGUUGGACCCACACCUCUCUACUCCUCAUUUGUUUUCUUCGUCUGUCAAGAUCAGUUGGCCCUGCAAAACAAACCCUUCAAACGGUUCUAAACUCUCUGCCAAAAUCCCAUGGAAGACUACGGCAGAUCAAAGUCAUAUGGUACUGCCAGUAGGACGAUGCAGAUGGAAAACUACUACGGACCUCCAAGACCACCCACUUCCUAUGAGCUCAGGAGCUACAGUGUUUCCUAUGCACAAACCCAGAUGGCUAAUAACAAUAACAGGGACUUCAAGUUGAAGAAGGGAAAAAGCACUUCUGGGUCGUCCUCAAAGUCUAAUUGGGGUCUCAUGGACCCUGAGUUGCAGAGGAAGAAGAGGGUUGCUAGCUACAAAAUGUAUUCUGUGGAGGGCAAGAUGAAGGGCUCCUUCAGGAAAAGCUUCAGGUGGCUUAAAGAUAAGUGCACCCAAGUGGUUUAUGGAUGGUGGUGAUUGGGAUUUGGUGGGUAAUGUUUAGUUUUACUCUAUAAAUAAGUCUUGAGAGCAAGUCUUGAAUUUUGUGUCUUAUGGAGUUAUGGUUGUGAUAGUUAUAAAAAAAAAAAAAAACAAGAAUUGGGUUGUUGCAAAUAGACUGAAUUGUAAAUUGGGCAAAGUACUGUCACUGGUUUUGAAUCAAGUUAUCUCCUUUCAUAAGAAUUCAUGCCGGUUUCAUUCAAACCUCUGAGCUUGAAGGUUGUGCUCACUGAAUUAGAUAUGGAGUUUGAUUCUCUAUUGAUCUUCAAAAAAUUUCCUUUCCUUUUCAUAUUGCAGCUUUUUUUGUAAGCUUUAAUUUGCACUCUGUAAUCUAAGAGGUGCUCUGGCGUGGAUGCGCUCACUCAUCUCAUAGUGUUAGAAAUCUUCACCUA